UUAAUAACAUUAAUUUACGAUGGUUACGAUUCUGACGUCGUAUACUGAAAGUAUUGUAAAUUCAUUGUUGAACUGCAGAGUAAAGUCAGUAUUAUUUAUUUAAUCGUCAUUGCGCAUGGAAUUGCGUCGCAAACGUGCAGAGCUCAGUGUGGCGUUACGAAAACAGGCUCGAGAUGAACAACUCCUUAAGAGGCGUGCAAUGUCCCCGGAGACUGAAACUCCUGUGGAAACAGAGAAAGUCAUGACGCCUGAAGAAAUUCUGGAUGAACUCAAAUCACAAGACCUAACCAGAAAGACAAAUGCAGCACGAGCAGCUCGCAGAAUGCUGUCUCGCGAACAGAAACCACCCAUCUCCAUUAUGGUCAACGCAGGAGUCAUUAAGCCUUUGGUUGAAGCUUUGGAUCAUGAUGAAUGUAGCGAUCUACAGUUUGAAGCAGCUUGGGCUCUCACCAAUAUUGCUUCAGGCACCCGACAACAUACCAUGGCUGUUGUUGAUGGUGGAGCUGUACCCAAACUAAUAAGCCUUUUAGGUCAAGGCGGUGUGGUCGGAGAACAGUGCGCAUGGGCACUGGGGAACAUAGCUGGAGAUGGCCCGGAGACUAGAGAUAUGAUCCUAAAUGCAGGAAUAAUGCAGGCCUUGGUGCCACUUCUAAAUGCACAAACUCCAACCAGUCAACUGAGAAUCGCUGUUUGGACUUACAGUAACCUUUGCAGAAACAAAAACCCUCUAGUGCAAUUCGAUCUUGUAGCCCCAGCUCUACCUUACAUUUCUGAUUUAUUGGAAAUAUCAGAUCAAGAUGUGCUCGCGGACUCAUGCUGGGCAUUGUCAUAUCUGACAGACGGCCCCAAUGAGCGCAUAGAAGGGGUGCAGACUACCAGACAUCUGCUGCCGCGUCUCGUUUCUCUACUAGAACACCCAGCACCUGCAGUCGCCACACCAGCACUGCGAGCUUUAGGAAAUAUGCUCACCGGCUCAGAUAUACAGACAGACCGUUGCCUGGAUGCCGACUGCCUUAAACCCAUAAGUCGUCUCCUGUCUGCAUCUCCUGCUCUCAGUAAGGAAGCUGCGUGGGCUUGCAGCAACGUGUUUGCGGGAACAGCACCACAGAUACAGAGAGCUAUUGACAGCGGGGUGCUGGAGCCAAUCGCUAGGGUCCUGGUGCAUCAUGACAUCAAGUGCCAGAAGGAAGCGGCCUGGGCCAUCACAAACCUGUGCCUUGGAGGCACCCCUGAACAACUGGACGCCAUGCUGUCCUGUGAUAUUCUGUCGCCGUACUGCGCCCUGCUCCAGGCCAGGGACCACCGAGCCAUCAUCGUAGUGCUGGAUGGACUCACUCAUCUAUUGCAGGCUGCGGCGAAAUACGAUCAAGUUAGAGGAAUGUGCAUAAAGCUGGAAGAGAUUGGCGCUCUGGACCAAAUUGAGAACCUACAACAACAUGAAAAUGAACAGAUUUACAAGAAGAGCAUCCACAUCCUGGACUCCUACUUUAUGGAGGAGGAGGACGCCAGCACGCAGCCCGCUCACGACCACGAGCAGUAUCAGUUCAGGACAAAUGAUGCAGCCAUACACUUCUAGAUAACUGCAAGUUUUGUUUCAGAAGGGUGCAGUAAGCAAGGUGACAAAAAAAUCUAAUUUAUUGAAUGAAGGGUUUGUCACUAACUUACACAAUACUCAGUGCCUAAAUCUGAGCACAAUCGAAAACUACUUUUCUUUAAAUAUUGCUAACAAUAACCAAUUUAAGAUGAAUGUAAAUUAUUCAUACAGUCCCAAGUCAAAGCAAUUAGACAAUAACUUCUAUUUCAACUAAUCAAUUAAAUGUUGUAUAUCCAUAUGUAACAUUAUUUCUUGUAUUUUUUUAUUUUUACAUUAAUUCCUAAAUUAUGUGAACCAUUUUAAUGUAUAAGCUUGCUUGCACCAGUCACAGUCUUGUCUAGUUUCCGUAGAACAAUUGUAUGUUCCCGUUUGAAGACUGUUAUACCAAAGCUAACAUUUGUGCAAAAUAAUGUAGUGUUCAUUUUCUCUAUUUUAAUGUCAAGAUCUUGUGGCUUUGAUAUACAUGUUUAUAUUUACAGUAAUCAAAAAUACAUUGUUCAUAAAUUUCACUAAACAGCAAUAUUGUAUAUUAGAUAGAUUGGAAGCCACAAUGGGAGUAAUGAGUCCAUUUGGUUCCCAAUAUUUCAAAAGCACAACAUGAGUAAUCGUAGUUGAGUAAUAGAAUUUGUUUAGAAAUCAUAGUAUUAUUGUGAUGAAAAGUUGUUAAGAAUCUUUUUUAUAUUUUUGUCUUUUAAGCUAUUUUUAUAAUAAAGUUCCUGAAAAAUUAAA